UGGCGAAAAGGGACUUAGUAUCCGUCGAGUAAAUAAGUCAAUUUAAAAUAGUUGUUUGAGCAUUUAUUGGAUUGCAUAAAUAAGGAAUGAGUAUACUUGACGUAAAGCAGUUUGCCUGGGCGUUUAUCAUCAGAACACAGUCUUUCAUUCCUAAUUUUAAAAAGAUGUACUGCACCAGCAAGGCAUUGAAUCAAACUGCUCGAACGAGACAACAACAAGUGAAACUUCCCUUCGGUUCCACCCACUUUCACGGAGACAACGUCGACAAUUGCCUACCGAGCAACAACAGCACCUCCCCUCGAGCGCUGGCUUCUCCACCCCACCCCCGGGAGCGACUCUACUAACCGGACUUUCCUCCCGAGUACUGCCGGCAGAGGAGGAAGUAACACCGAAAGACUCACCUCUCCUCUCCGCCAGGCACCAGCGUGUUGGAAACACUUUCAAAACUUUUCUGGAGGAAGUGUUUUGUCCGUAUCUCUACAACAACAAUGUCCGUCCAGAGCCAAAAAACUACCACGACUACUUACCGGACCGUGAACGUGGCCUCGCCCGAGCCGGUGAUCGGCGGCACGACCACCUACCGGACCUUGAACGUGGCAUCUCCCGAGCCGGUGAGCGGCAGCACGGUGCUGACCGCCACGACGGGCCGCUCGGCCUCACCGCUCCAGUAUGCCGUCAACGGCAACUACAGUACGCUGCGCUACCUGGUGCCGGUGCAGCCGACUGUGCAGCAGCAGUCGUACGUGCUCGUGCAGCAGCCAUCCGUCAUGCAACAGGUGAUGUCGCCCGUCUACCUGCAGGGCGUUCCCCGCUUGAGCGUCAGCAGUGUGGACUCGGAGCUUCUGUACCAGCAGAACACGAGUGUGAGCAGGAACUCGUCCUCAGGGUUGAGCUUGUCCUCCAGUCCCCCCAAGAGCCCCGAGCCCAGUGUGGAGGAGGAAGAGGAGGAGGAGGACGAGGAGGAGGAGGAUGAGGAAGCAGUGGAAGUAGAGGAAGUGGAGAUCGUCAACGUUAUACAGCAGAAGCCGCCGCCGGCCAUCGAGAAGAUCUCCCGCACAGAAGUGAAAACCGACCUAACCGAGGCAACCAAGAUGGACACGCGCUACUUUGCCGCGUUGCUGGCUGACGUCUACAGGAAGAACUGUGACAUCCACUCCUGUAUCUCCGAGCAUGUGUCCAAGAUCAGAGGACAGAAAGUGGAUCUCAGCGUUGACCAGGUAGAAGAUGUUGAGAGUAUGCUUCCUAAAGGAGCCACUGAGCUGACCAAACAGCAAAUCCGCUACCUACUGCAGACUCGCCUAACUGCAGAUAAGAGCAUGCGUCUGCUGCUCUCCACCUUCAGCAGUCUGCGAGAGGAACUCCUCCACAUGUCCGAGGAUCUGCGGCGUCUGGAGAACGAGAAGGAGACCCUGGAGAGAGAUCUGGCCUUCAAAGUGGAUCAGGCUCGCCAGUACGACAGCCUCCUGGAGGAGGUGCGUGAAAACAACAGACAGCUUCAGGUAUCACUGAAGGAAACCACCGCCUCCCAGCGUUCCCUGGAGAGCCAGCUCAUGAGCGCCCGUAACACCGACUCAAGCCGUGACUUCCGAAUACGAGAGCUGGAGGGACGCAUCCGAGCUCUGGAGAAAGAGAACGAGAUUCUCCGGCAGAAGCAAUUAUUAGGGCAGUCUAACAGCAGCACACUGCACAUCAAGACCGAGGAGUUGUCGCGUCAGUUCAACGAGCAGCUCGGGACCAUGAGACAGGAGAAAGACCAAGAGAUUCAGCGGCUGCGGACCCAGAUUACUAAGCUCCAGACAGAGAUCACCACCGAAAGGACUUCAUCUGCAUCGGAGAAGAGUCUCCAGUUGAAGAUCUCCGAGCUGCUCGCCAUGCUGGAGCAGCGACAGACCACCAUCACCCGACAGGAGGAGGAGAUCCGGAGGUUGAUGACAGAGAGAAACGACAGCUCCAAAACCACCAAGACUAUUAUCACCAAAAGGUACAGAAACCAUUACCCCAUCCUCGGCCUGCUGAGUGACGACUACGAGGUGACCAGCUCACCCAUUGGCGAAGACAAAACUGUUGUCAUUGAAAGAUCCGGAGAGAUUCUUAGAAGGGAAUGAGAAAACAAGAAGAACAAGUAGAUCGUCCAUCAAGUCCAUUCCAUCAAGUCUGUAGCGUAGUUUCAAUGUGGGAAUGCAACUGAUGUUUUAUUUUUAUACUAAUACAACCAUUCAAAUAUAUUUUUUGCAUUGACCAAUUUUGGGCAAACGAUGCCUAGCAUUGUUUUUGCUCAUUUGAUGAGGUUAUCCCAGUAAGGUAGAAUUGACGCUGUAAAUAUUUAAAUAUAUAUAUUUGUGAGCCGGUUAUGAGAAUAGGGGAACUUUUACAUCUGAUGCUAAUGUCUAAUCACAUUUAUUUAAGGGUGUUAUGAAGGGUGUGCAUGGAUAGAGGUGCUUUUGGUUAUGGAGUUUUUAAAAGCACAAUAUAAUGUCAACUAUUAUUUUUGGUGUGAAUGCUUUUUUUUUUGUCCACUAGGAACUAAUCUGCAGCCUGGUUAGCAUGGGAUGCUAACUCAUUAGCGAUAAAACCUGCUUUAGAAAAUACUUUUUUAAAACUGAAUACUCAUUACAGGUUUGUCUGAUGUUUCCAAAAAUGUUAUGUUAGCAAUGUAGGAGGCUUCUGUCAUUUCUGCUGUGUCUGAGAUUAAAAAACAUUUUCUUAAUUUGGAUUUGUUUUUCUCGUUGUGUGCUUUGUUUCAUUGCCUCCCGGCCUUUCCCAGUUGAAAAGGAUUAGACAACACCUGGUUGUGUGAUUUUGGCUGAUAC